AUGUCUGAACAACUUGAAACAAAUCCACAGCUACGACCACGAAAUGUGCAAAGGGUGAAAUCUCUACCACAGGCCGAAAAAUGGCGAAGUAUAGUACUAGGUGAAAUCUCAAGCAAGUUAACAGAAAUCAAUGACCCUAGCGUCAACAAUUUACGGAUUCAGGAAUUAAACGACGACUUGAACAAACUCAUCAAAGAUAAGAGAACUUGGGAGUAUAGAAUAAAAGAGCUUGGAGGCAAUGAUUACCUUCGCUCGAAAGAUAUCACAAGCACGGGUCUUUGCAGUGAAGGAAUCUGGUACUUUGGAAGAGCAAAACUAUUGGUAGAUGAAAAGAAUGUCGACUUAAAUACAACAACAAACACUACCAAAGUGGAACAACGACUAAAGGGAAAACCACUGAAACAAGAGUUGUCCAUUAUGACUUCGAGAAGGAAAAGGUUAGAUGAUCAAUACUACGGUAAGAUGGAGACUAAAGAGCUUUUGGAAUAUGAGCAAAAUAGAAGCAAAGAAUUGGCCAUAGCCCGAACAAAACCACAUUUUAGUUUACUGGACUUGCCCACAAAUGAGCAAGUGAAGAAAUGGUUAGUUGAUAAAAAGAGAGAGCAGUUGAUGAAAAGAUUAGGUUUAUAG